AUGACACAGCCCAAGAGCACGAGAACGGCCAUACUGAUCCAGAGCCCCGGUGUGGCCACGGUAGCAACAGUUCCCAUACCGACACUGUCACCCACCAACAUCCUCGUCAAGACGGCAUGCGUCGGCCUCAACCCCUCGGACGCAAAGAUGGUACAGGCCGGCGCGCCCCAGGGCUCCAUGGCGGGCCUCGAUUUCGCCGGCGAGGUGGUCUCCAAGGGAUCUCAGGUCGGCUCGCACAUCCGGCCCGGCGACCGGGUGUGCGGCGUCGCCUUCGGAUACAACAGAGACAACGACGCCACUGGUGCCUUCGCCGAGUACGUCGUGGCGGAGGAGCAUCUGGUCUUUGGCAUCCCCGACGGCCUGUCGUUCCAAGAAGCCGCCACUCUCCCGUGCGGUCUGCUCACCGGCGGCAUGGUUCUUCACCACUCGAUGAAGCUGAGGGACACACCCGCAGAUCCGACCGCACACGUCUUAGUGUACGGUGGGAGCACGGCCUCCGGCAUAUUCAUGAUACAGCUUCUCAAGCAUGCCGGGUUCAUACCCGUAGCGACAUGCUCGCCUCGCAACUUCCAUCUAGUCAAAGAGGCCGGGGCCGCGGCCGCCUUCGACUACAACUCGCCCACGUGCGCAUCUGACAUCCGCGCCCUGACCGACGACCGUCUGGCCCACGCAGCCGACUGCAUCACCACGCCCGCGUCCAUGAAGAUCUGCUACGACUCCAUGGGCGCCGCCGGCGGCCGCUACGUCGCCCUCGACAGCUUCCCGAUCGCGUCCCACUCGCGGCGCGCCGUCCGGCCAUCCUGGGUGUUCGCCAUGAGCGCCUUCGGCUGCGCCGUCGACUGGGUCGCCCCGUACAAGUGCCAUCCCUCCCCGGCCGACCGUCUGUUCGCCGAGACCUGGAUGAGGCGGGCCGCCGACCUCGUGCGAGACGGGGAGGUCAGGCCGCUCCGGUUUCGCCUUGUGGGCGACUCGCUGGGGGAUGUCAGCAAGGGCCUCGAAGAGCUGCGACAGGGGACGGUGUCGGGCGAGAAGCUCGUCUGCGUCGUCAACAGGUCCAUGGUUGCAUCGGCACGAGUAGUUGCCAAACUGAACAGAGUUUGGGCUGCCUUUCAGGGUCUUCUUGUGGGAACCAUGGGUGGCACGAGCCAUCCAUCCGCGACUGGCAUCACCGCCUUUCUCUCAAUCUCUCUCUGUCUCUCUGUCUCUCUGUCUCUCUGUCUCUCUCGUUUUCUUCCAUCCUCGAGCGAUGGUCUUGUGACACUUUGCUUUGGUUCCCAGUUACAUCCUUCCAUACCAAGCAUGAUGUCUUCCCCCAAAGUCCUCGUCAUCGGGUGCGGCGUGGCCGGGCCCGUCGUGGCAUGCUUCCUAAAGCAAAAGGGCUAUGAGCCCAUCAUCUUCGAGCGAGUAGAAUCACCGGGCGACGUGGGCGCCUCGUUGAUGAUCUGCCCCAACGGCCUCAAGGUCCUCGAGCGCGUCGGGCCCAUCCCCGACAAGCUGUUGGAGAACGGGCCGCCGGUCCUCGAGCUGUGCGACCACAAGGCUUCCGGCGAGGUCCUCGGCGGCUCCGACAUCCCGACCGCGUUCGCCAAGCGAUACGGCCAGCCUGCCGUCGGGGUCAAGCGGACCUUGAUCACCUCGUGGCUCAGGGACGCGGCGGAGGAGAAGGGCAUCGAGCUGAGGAGGGGCUGGGCGCUCGAGAGGAUUGAAGAGUCCAACGAUUCCAUCACGGCUUUCUUUGAGGGAGGGAAAUCCGAGACCGGAUCGUUCCUCAUCGGCUGCGACGGGCUGAAGGCCACGACGAGAAAAUUGCUCCUUGCGCGAGCCGGCUUGCAGGACGGACUGCCUUCGUUUACAGGUUUGACGCAGACCGCUGGGGUUUCGCCGACGCCCGAUGCUUUCCGUGGGCGUCCCGGAGCGAGGAACUGGUAUGGCGAGCUGAGCCAUGUCAUCUGCUACGACAUGACCCACGACAAGACGUCGUGGGCCUUGACACUACCUGGCGAAGCCGUUGAAGAGGCGUCAUGGGGGUUGUUCGGCGACGAGCAGAGAGCGGCAGCUAAGAAGGCCAUCUCGGCCGCCUUGGAGGCCAAGGGAUGGGAUCCGGUGGUGCUAGGCUUGGUCAACUCGGCCGAGCGCCUGAUCAAGUACGGCAUCUACGACCGCCCAGAGCUCAGCCCGGAACAGUGGUACUCGGGACGAUGCGUCAUGAUCGGGGACGCCGUCCAUCCCACAAGCGUCCAUCUCGGCCAGGGCGCCAAUCAGUCAUGCGAGGACUGCUACUUUCUCGCAGAGGCGAUCCCAGACUUCGACCACACCAAGCCGCUCUCGACGGAGCAGCUGUCGUCGAUAUUCAAGUCCUUCGCGGAAAAGCAGCAGCCGCACACGUCCGUCUUGGUCAACGGCGCGAGGGCGCUCGGCCGUGCUCGCGUGGCACCGCCCGAAGCUUGUGUCCAGCGCGACGCGGCGAUUGCCCAAUCCAUGGCUGAUCGAGCGGGACUUCAGGCAAAGUUCGACUUUACCUACUCGAGACCGUUUCAAAGACCCUCAUAA